GGGGAACGGUUUUUAGUCUCGUUGAAACUGGAUGUAAAAAUUUCGUUUUUUAACUGAUUUAAAACGGACAGUCUGUUGCGUUUUUGUGGAUUUAAGAGUCAAUUCUAGCGGGAGUGAAAGCCGAAAUGGGUGAUGUAUUUGGCUGGGGACAUCCCACUGUACAGCAAGGUCCACCAUUCAUAGAGAUAAUCGAGCAGCCCAAAGCAAGGGGGAUGCGGUUUCGGUAUAAAUGUGAGGGAAGGUCUGCUGGUAGUAUUCCAGGAGAGAAAAGCAAUGACUCCACAAAAACACACCCAGCUAUUAAGGUUCACAACUACAGCGGCCCAGUAAGAGUAAGAAUCUCUCUAGUUACCAAGAACCAGCCGUACAAACCACACCCUCAUGAACUGGUGGGAAAGGACUGUAAACAUGGUUACUAUGAAGCCGACCUACCUGAGAGACGAGUGCACAGUUUCCAGAAUCUGGGUAUUCAGUGUGUGAAGAAAAAGGAUGUGGCUGAAGCUGUUUCCUGCCGCCUGCAGACACAGAACAACCCAUUCAAUAUUACUGAAGCCAAAGUGUGGGAGGAAGAGUACGACCUGAAUGCCGUCCGUCUCUGUUUCCAGGCCAGUAUUACCUUGGCAACGGGCGAGUUGUACACUUUGGAGCCUGUCGUCUCUCAGCCCAUCUAUGACAACAGAGCACCUAACACAGCCGAACUAAAGAUCUGUCGUGUGAACAAAAACUCAGGCAGCUGCAGAGGAGGGGAUGAAAUCUUCCUGCUGUGUGACAAAGUGCAGAAAGAGGACAUAGAGGUGCGUUUUUUUCAUGAUUCAUGGGAGGGUAAAGGCUCAUUUUCUCAGGCUGAUGUGCACAGACAGGUAGCCAUUGUGUUUCGCACACCACCAUAUUGUGAUUCCAACUUAAAAGAGCCAGUGAAGGUGAAGAUGCAGCUCCGCCGGCCUUCAGAUCGUGAGGUCAGUGAAGCGAUGGACUUCCAGUACCUGCCUGCUGACCCAGAUGAGUACAGGUUGAUGGAAAAGAGAAAACGAACAGAGGGGAUGCUUCAAAACCUCAAACUAGGCAACAUCACAUCAGACAAAGUGGCUGCCAGAACAUUCAACACUGCAAGAAGAACACUUGUAUCUUCCAAACCCAUGAUUACUGCCAGCGCUUCACCAGUGGUGAAUCCCAUGUCAUGCGUCAAUACAAUGACGCCUGCAUCUAUGUUUAGCUCUCCUCCUCCGGGCUCUCUCUUCACUCAGCCAAAAUCUGAGCUGUCGCCCUCUACAGGAGGUACAUACAAGUAUCUCAGCAGUGUCAAGGUUCAGCCUGGUCCUUCUGCUGCCUCUACUUCUCCUUCAGUGUCAUCCUCCGCUAAUCAGGACUUUUCCACUAUUGACCUACAUGGGUUUGCCUUUAGCACUUUCUCUCCAUCCAUUUCUGAUCAAACUGAGGUCCGAAGAUCCAGAGAUACAGCCACUAAUAACACACAUGCAACUAUGGUUACACAGGAGGUCCAAAACGCAUACGCUUCAACGAUUGCUCCAAUAGACGAUAAUGAAAUUCCGGAUUUCCCAAGUUUUUCUGAAGCACAGACGUCAGAUGUAGAAAACAUCAACAUUGAUGAGUUCCAGGCGCUGCUGCGUCAGCUUCCUGUAGACAUUAAUCAAGGCACUGGUUUGUGCCAAAGCACCAUGGUAACCCCUGCUGACAAUUCCACAACAUCCAGUAACACCGAGGAGGUGAGCAGAAAUGUUAACAACAGCACCUGGAUGAGUUUUCCACCCAGCAUCGUCAGCCUGCUGCAAAGCGAGCAUAAUUUGGACGCCAUUGUGUCAAAUGUGCCAGCCAUGCCUGGCACCCUUGACGACAUGGACGUGCUGAGCUCCAUAGAUGAGGAUCGGCUCAUGUCUAUCUUUAACAGUGGCAGCCAAAUCACUUCCUUGCCUGGACAUCCCACUUAGAUUCUUCACCAUUUUUAUUUUAAGACUUAAUUUAUGCAUAUAUGGGCAUUGAAACAUGAAAAAAGGAAGGAGAAGAGAAUGUAGCCUGAAUUUAAUAACUGUAGAGCCACUGAGUGCCUAGUGAGUAUCUGACUUUUUUAAGAAUGUUUUAUUUAUAUAUAUAUAUAUAUAUAUAUAUAUAUAUAUAUAUAUAUAUAUAUAUAUCCAUAUAAUAAUUAAAUAAUUAAUAAAUGUAUUAAAUAUCCAUAUAUCAUAUUUUUUAUUUUAAAUGUUAUUAGCUUAAAAGGUUUUAUUCAGUUUAAAAUGAAUGGGAAGUGUACAUUACAGGAAUGAGAUUAUAUUUCAUUUUUCUAUAAGUGUAACGAUUUUAAAGAUAUGUAUUGUUUUUUUGCACUAUAAGUUGAUUAACUGCCUAAAUAAUUGCAAUUAAUGAUUUUAUUGAAAUUUGUAGUCUAUGUUAUGUGACUGCUACAUUAGAAUAAUAGUGUAAUAAUAUGGUGAGGGGAAAAAUUAAAUGCUUUUGUUUCUGCCAUGUGCUAUAUCGCUAAAUGUAUCUGGACACCUCUACUAAUCAGGUAUUUUAGUCACACUCUUUGCUAACAGACGUAUAAAUCCAAUUAUUUAAAUUAUGGCCUGCACAGAACCUUGACCCCAGCCAUAUUAAACCCUCUGGGUGUGAUGUGGAACUUGAACGUGAGUAACGGUUCUCCAACAACUUCUUGGGUAAGGUGUCCACAUACUGUUGGUCAUAUAUUGUAUCUUUAUGUUUAUAAAUCCAUACUGUUAAUGCAAAUGUAUUAGUUAAGAGCUAAAAAAAAGUGCAGCUUUCCUUCAUGAAUAUUUGCAACCUCAACAAAACAGGCUGUGAAAAAUCUUCAAGAACUUUUAUUCAAAAUUUAAACAAAAUUCUACUCUUUAAUGAGUACAAUGAGUUAUAUGUAUUCUGGAUCUGAGACCAUUCCCCCAUAUCUAAUCUCUCCAGAUCUGAUUUAUAGAUUCUAAGGUCCACAAGCUUAAUUCAGUGAGGUCAAGGGAUGGGGAUGCCAGAGGCAGAACCUCCAUUUUAUCAGCACCACUUACCAUAUGGAAGCACUUUGUAGUUCUACAAUUACUGACUGUAGUCUACAAUUACUGACUGUAGUCUAUCUGUCUACAAUGUGACUACAUGUGACUACAAUGUAGCAGUCACAUAACAUAGACUAAAAAUUUCAAUAAAAUCUACAUACUUUCUAGCCUGCUUUCACCCUGAUCUUCAAUGGCCAGGACUCUCCCAGGACCACCA